UUUAACCCCUUUUCCAUUGAAGGUCUGUUACAUUGCAUUGAUCAAUGCAAUGGUUUUGAAGACGUAACACUUUGAAAAAUGCAGAGUUUAGUUCGCAGAGUGGUGGUGGAACAGCACCCCCAUGGUCACGCCAAAUCUCAUAGUAUCUUCCACACCUUCUCCUCUAUUCUCAAACCUUCACAACCCCAUUUGCAUCAACGCAACCACAUUCCCUCUUCCUUCCUCACUCACCAAUCUCUUCACUUUCACUCAUGUCGCUCAUUUUCCUCCAAACUCCGCCCCUUUCUCUCCCGACCUAUGAUCUCGCGUUGCUUCGCCUUCAACUCUCUCCUCGGAGUGCGCGCCAGAAGCCUCUUACUAGAUCACAGGUCAAUUUUUCACUAUUUUCGUCGGCACAACUUCAAUUUCAACUACAAUAGUGAAUUCUCCCGGCGUUCCUGGAGAUCAUGGCUCCGUGGGCUAACAUCUAAUGACGUGGUUUUGGGCUUGAUUAUAGCUAAUGUUGGUAUUUUUUUAUUGUGGAGGAUAGCAGAUGAGAAGUUUAUGAUGAACAAUUUUACCAUCUCUUUGGACAAUAUUAAGAGUGGACGUUUGCACACUCUGAUUACCAAUGCAUUUAGUCACGUAGAUACCUGGCAUAUAGUUUCCAAUAUGGUUGGACUCUACUUCUUUGGAUUGAAUGUUGGAAGAAAUUUUGGACCCGAAUUUCUGCUGAAGCUGUAUCUUUCAGGGGCAGUUGUUGGAGCUGUUUUUUACUUAAUACACCAGGCCUUUAAAGCGCAAACAUCAAAGGACUUGGCAGCUAUGAUUGCGACAAGGGAAUUAGCAUUGGGGGCAAGUGGAGCUGUGAAUGCUAUUAUGCUACUUGACAUAUUUCUCUUUCCAAAAGCAACCCUCUACCUCGACUUCUUUAUACCAGUUCCUGCGAUCUUGCUGGGCAUCUUUUUUAUUGGGAGAGAUAUGCUCAGGAUACUAGAGGGAGACAGUCGAGUAUCAGGAUCUGUUCAUUUGGGGGGUGCUGUGGUUGCAGCCAUAGCUUGGGCAGGUGUUCGGAAAGGAAGAUUCUAAAUCCCUUUUCAAAACUUGCAAAACUGUGUGUAUCUUUCCUUUCAGGUUUACUACUUUUCUUUUCAGGUUUGAAUGAUAUAUUAUUAAUGUUAAACACUUUAGUCUUCUAAACUGAAAAAGAGAAUGUUAUCCCAUUUAUCAUCAUCCAAAGAAACAUGUUUCCUCCUCAA